GAGACCUCACUAUCACAGCAGUUUAAGGACUAAUGCCACACUGGCACAAUGUAAGGCUCCGAAAGUGGGCGCUCAGAUCCUGCACCUUGCGUGUGUUGAGAGUACGGCGUUUUGCGUACAAACGGGAAAGUGUCCAAUCGAGUCAGUGUCGGUUUCCCCAGGGAUGUCCCCAGGGACGUACAAAAUUGUAACAAAAUUUAAUAAUAUGAGGGGCCCCCAGCGCCCCAUCUUAAGGUCAUCGUUUUUAACUGGGCUGGUACCAAGUGGGAAGCGUCGACGGCACGCACGAUAGAGCUCCAGAGGUGCGUAGAGAACAACCGGUGGGAACUCGGAAUGUUGCUAUGCGGGCUCGGGACUCGGAGCGUGCGGUUCGCUCGUCCGCCAUCGUUUUCAAAGUGGGCGUGACACGCAUUUCGUAAACAAGCGAAGCGUAGCGUGGGCACAUGUCCGCUCGCACGUGGAGGCGGAAGCAAUGCUACGAGCCGACAGAGCCGCCGAUCACUGAAAUGGCACGCGCAAGCAAAGAUUUCCCGGCGCUCCGAGUCAUCGGCCUCCGAGUCCGCCUCGGAGUCAUGGCCGCGCCCGGUCGGUCUCUCGCCGGCUGGUCUUGCCUCGGCUCAGCCCGGGUCUCAGGGAGUUCGCCCCGAGGUGCUGGUCUCGGCCUGGAAGUGCUUCGCCGUGGCCCUUCAGCGUGUUUGCUGUCAACUCGUAGCGGCCUGGGUCUCGCGUGUUCAGGGCAGGUAACCGUGGAGGAGUUCACACCUUUUUAUCUGCCGAGGGCUGCUCCGCAAGGGCAAAGUCCGAGGUGGGGGGCGUCCGUACGGGUUUGGACUUUUGAAACUCACAAACCACCGAUUUCGGAUUUCGCGGAACAUUCCAGAGUCUUCGUUGCGGAAGGUGCGUGACAUUCGAUUCGCCAAACGGAACGUUGAAUUGCUUGCGUUGAAGAUCAAGUUGAACUUGAAGUUCCACCGGUCCGCGACCCGCCCGCCGUUGCCGCGCAGCCACCCGCCCGUCACGGGUCCGCAAACACUGGUCCGCCCCGUCCGCCGGCAGACCGCCGCAUCCGCUGAUUCUCCGACCCAUCCCCCGCGGGUACCGGUCCCCCAGCAGCCCCGGGUCCUAACCUGGUCCGCCAGGAGUUUACCUUGAGCGCGGGGCCCCGCCCGCGGCCCUCCACACCGCCACGUGUCGCAGACUCAUCAAGUGAGUUAAUGACGUAUAUAAGCUGCAAAACAAUCCAGUCCAGGCCACAAAAGGAAUAAACUGUGUCAGCAAGGCAAACGAGAAAUGGCUAGCUAAUAUAUGAUGCAAGGGAGGCAAGAGCGCUAGUAUGAAAACAACCUGACGAGAUUUG